AUGGCGCUUCUUUUCCCCCCUUGGUCGCGUUAUUCAUUGGCGUUUCUGGAAGUAGAGCCCAGCACAUGGUCGCCGGAAGAGCGCAAUACGUAUGAACGCCUCCUUGCGUGCGCACCGGACGACUAUCUCUUCCCUCUCCGUGAAAAGGGUUUCCAGCCUACAAACGACGUGAAUACAUUCGGAGGAGGGGAGACCUUGGCAAUCCAGGCACAAGGACCUAUGCAAUUCGACCAGUCUGCCUUAAAUAACCGCAAUCCACUCGCAAAUCACCCGUCUAUCGACAGGGUUUUCAUCAACCCCGAGUUGAGCCCCGAGGCCUUGGACUUGCAGUCCAUUGACUGGACCACCAGACCUGGAGUCUUCUUCCCCGGCACAGAUGGCAUGCAGUCGUCUGGCACUCAGCCUUAUUUCAAUCUUCCGCAGCUCUAUAGAGGUGUGCCUCCAGCUCCAACAACCAUGCACACCGAAGCCCAACAUACCUCCACUCCUAACGGCCCUCGCGCUUCCCCGGUUCCCUAUGCGUACAUGAGGGUCCCGGAGCUGCGAAAAGAGCUCAAGAAACGAGAGAUCCACUGCACCACGAAGAUGGUCAAAGCUCACUUGAUCGAACAACUGGUCAAAGCAGACCUGAUGGAGGAACAGGCCAAAGAAGGUGCCAUUGCCUAUAGGCGUUGA